AUGCAAGCUGUUUUCAGGCUGAAGGAUUGGACCUUAACAGGCAUAUUGAUAUGCAUAGCUUUGCUAGUGCCUUUCGAAGUUUUUGCAAAAAUAGACGCUUCGGAUUGCAUUAAAAAAAUUAAAAGCUGUAAAGCUGUAUGUAAAGAAUUGAGGUGUGAAGACGAACAACAAAUUUGGAAAAAGAAAGGUAUCAUCGCAUUCCAUGUACGUAUAGAAAAAUUCAAGCAAAAUCUGGCUUUUAAAGCCGUUGUCAUAUUCGGGAAAGUAACCCUUAAUUCAGGACAAGCUUACGACGGAAGUACGGAGAAAUUCACGGCUCCAGUUGAUGGUAUCUACUCAUUUACAUGGACUAUAGCCACAACUCACGGAAGGAGAUUUAGCACAGCUAUCGUCAGAAAUGAUGAAAUUAUUGGUUAUAACCUUGUCAAUGGUAAAGUGGGCAGUAUCAACAGUGAAAGUGGUUCAGCAACAGCGAUAAUUAAAAUGGCCAAGAACGACAAGGUGUGGAUAAGAGUACAAGAACACGGAGAGUAUGCCUACGCUCUCUGGUCGUCCUUCUCUGGCUUUCUGCUGUGAAAGAAACCUCAUAUUUUAUCAAUAUGACAAUAGAAUAAAAUAA